CGCAGCCGCGAUGAGGCUCGGCUUUGGACGCUCCCAGCGGUGUUCACACUGCCGGGGUCAAGUGUCGGGUAGAGGUGAAGUGAAAAGGAGAGCUGUGGGGAAUGGUGCGGUGAGAACUGAGCCUCCGAGAGACUCGGAAACGGUGCGACCCUCUCUGUUGUCCCGGAACUCGCCUUCACCGAAGGGACCUUCUCAGCCGCUGCAGUCCCGGGGACAACGCCGUCGCGCCCCAGUGACGUAGGCUCGGGGAAGUCGGGGACGCGGGUACUGGGUUCGGGGGUGUAGUCCCUAAUUCCCGCUGCCUCUGCCCGUUUGCCGAGGCUCAAGUGUUUAGGCUAGAGCGAAAAAGACAAGUGCCGUUGUACCAAGCUUUCCUGGUACAUUUCCCUGCCAACUGAUUCUCGUAAGCUUCCAGACCUCAAAGAUCAACUACCUAAUUGGCAAAUUGAUCCCCAGAGUAGGGUAGGGCUUGUCCAAGGCGUUUCCAGUACAUCCUGAGCCAGAACCCGGAUCUCCUAACUUCUACGGCAGUGCUGUAUCUAUUUGCCUAGUGGAAGCUUGAGACUAUACCUCUUCAUGCACCCAUUCAUUCGAUCUCUCUCUCGACACCGGAUAUUUCAUUAAAUAAAAUGGGCCAGGGCACUGUGUCGGAUUCUAGAACUAUGUGAGUCACAUAUGUAGGUUGAAAUCUUCUAGUAGCCACAAUUAAAAAGUAAAACAAGUGAAAAUUUUAGUCAUAUAUUUAACCCAGUUUAUACAAAUAUUUCAACAUGUAAUCAACAUUUAAAAAUCGAUAUCUUAUGCAUUCUUUUCUCAUACCAAGUCUUCAAAAUCCAGUGCGUAUUUUACACUUAACUGCACAUCUCAAUAAGGCAACACCACAUUUGCAAUACAGUGCUCAGUAGCCACAUGUGGCUGCUGGCUUCUGUAUUGAACAGCACAGCUCUGGGAAAUCAAAGGCAAACAAGAUUCAAGGUCGCUGGUCCCAUGGGGCAUAAUAUUGGAAAAACACCAGAAAGUAAACUGACAAGAAGCCCGUUACUUCUCUAUGCGUUUCUGAGAUGUUAGGGACAGCCAAGCAGGAAGAAAUGCAGGACUAUGAAGCAGCCACACCAGGACCAGCCCGGCCUCUGGGGGCCGCUGCCGGAUCUGUGAGCCUGUGGACCAGGAGCUCCCGCUGCCGUCGUAGCGUCACGUCCGGUCUCGGGCGGAAGUUUUCCGCCGGCGUACCGGGAAGUCGCUGAAGACAGAGCGAUGGCAGUUCUGGAGGCCUCGCUCCGGGGCCGACCCGAGGCCACAGUGCCCCCGCGGGAUGGAAGGGUCUAAGACGUCCAACAACAGCACCAUGCAGGUGAGCUUCGUGUGCCAGCGCUGCAGCCAGCCCCUGAAACUGGACACGAGUUUCAAGAUCCUGGACCGUGUCACCAUCCAGGAACUCACAGCUCCAUUACUUACCACAGCCCAGGCGAAACCAGGAGAGACCCAGGAGGAAGAGACUAACUCAGGAGAGGAGCCAUUUAUUGAAACUCCUCGCCAGGAUGGUGUCUCUCGCAGAUUCAUCCCCCCAGCCAGGAUGAUGUCCACAGAAAGUGCCAACAGCUUCACUCUGAUUGGGGAGGCAUCUGAUGGCGGCACCAUGGAGAACCUCAGCCGAAGACUGAAGGUCACUGGGGACCUUUUUGACAUCAUGUCGGGCCAGACAGAUGUGGAUCACCCACUCUGUGAGGAAUGCACAGAUACUCUUUUAGACCAGCUGGACACUCAGCUCAACGUCACUGAAAAUGAGUGUCAGAACUACAAACGCUGUUUGGAGAUCUUAGAGCAAAUGAAUGAGGAUGACAGUGAACAGUUACAGAUGGAGCUAAAGGAGCUGGCACUAGAGGAGGAGAGGCUGAUCCAGGAGCUGGAAGAUGUGGAAAAGAACCGCAAGAUAGUGGCAGAAAAUCUCGAGAAGGUCCAGGCUGAGGCUGAGAGACUGGAUCAGGAGGAAGCUCAGUAUCAGAGAGAAUACAGUGAAUUUAAACGACAACAGCUGGAGCUGGAUGAUGAGCUGAAGAGUGUCGAAAACCAGAUGCGUUAUGCCCAGAUGCAGCUGGAUAAGCUGAAGAAAACCAAUGUCUUUAAUGCAACCUUCCACAUCUGGCACAGUGGACAGUUUGGCACAAUCAAUAACUUCAGGCUGGGUCGCCUGCCCAGUGUUCCCGUGGAAUGGAAUGAGAUUAAUGCUGCUUGGGGCCAGACUGUGUUGCUGCUCCAUGCUCUGGCCAAUAAGAUGGGUCUGAAAUUUCAGAGAUACCGACUUGUUCCUUACGGAAACCAUUCAUAUCUGGAGUCUCUGACAGACAAAUCUAAGGAGCUGCCGUUAUACUGUUCUGGGGGGUUGCGGUUUUUCUGGGACAACAAGUUUGACCAUGCAAUGGUGGCUUUCCUGGACUGUGUGCAGCAGUUCAAAGAAGAGGUUGAGAAAGGCGAGACACGUUUUUGUCUUCCCUACAGGAUGGAUGUGGAGAAAGGCAAGAUUGAAGACACAGGAGGCAGCGGUGGCUCCUAUUCCAUCAAAACCCAGUUUAACUCUGAGGAGCAGUGGACAAAAGCUCUCAAGUUCAUGCUGACGAAUCUUAAGUGGGGUCUUGCUUGGGUAUCCUCACAAUUUUAUAACAAAUGACUUUUUUCCUUAAGGGGAGGUUUGCCUUAAAGGCUUUUAAUUUUGUUUUGUUUGCAAACAUGUUUUAAAUUAAAUUCGGGUAAUAUUAAACAGUACAUGUUUACAAUACCAAAAAAGAAAAAAUCCACAAAAGCCACUUUAUUUUAAAAUAUCAUGUGACAGAUACUUUCCAGAGCUACAACAUGCCAUGUAUAGCUGCCAGCCCUUGUCACAGUUUUGACUCUUAACCCCAUGGACUCCUUUCCCUUUCUUCUCUGAAAAAAACUAAUUUAAAUUUGCUUUUUUUUUUUUUUAACUGAGUUGAAUUGAGAUUGAUGUGUUUUCACUGGAUUUUUAUCUCUCUCAACUUCCUGCACUUAACAAUAUGAAAUAGAAACUUUUGUUUUUAUUGAGACGAGGAUAUGUUUGAGAUGCACAGUUGGAUAAUGUGGGAAAAUAACAUCUAAGCUUUACCUGGUCACCAUGUGAUGUGAUGAGAUGCUUGAAAUUUAACGCUUCUCACUUGGUUCUUAUACUGAAUGCCGACUCUGCUCUGUGUUAGAGAUAUGAAAUGGUGUUUGAUACUGUUUGAGACAUUAUGGAGAGAUUUAAUUAUUUGUAAUAAAAGAUUUGCUGCAGUCUGAAAA